AUGUGCGACUACACUCAAAGAGAAUUCCGCUGCAGUCACAAGCGCUAUAUCGUUUCCCGCUGGUGCAUAGUUUACAUCCGCACGCAGCAGCGCUGUCAACCGUGCGUCACGCACUUCGAGUACAGGGGCGAUGAACUUUGCAGUGAAUGCAAACCCUCGGCGCCCAUCCCCUGGGAAAACAUGAUCAGGCGCAACAACACGCCCAUCGGCUUGUAA